AUGUCUUCGAGUGAGUCCCAAACCUCUAGCCAUGGAAAUGUUGGAUCAAAAAGGUGCCAUAAAUAUUUGCAUUUUUGUUUUGAGUCACAGUGGAUAAUUGUAGUCUGGAACUUGCAAGUAAAAUCCCAAACUAUUUAUUGUCCCAAGCUCGAUUUUUAUUUGGAGCUCGAGCCGAGCCAGCUCGUUUUAGGUUCGAGCCGAGCUCGAGCCAGCCUUGGGGGGUCAGCAUCAUAUAGCAGCUGGUCUUUUAAAAAGAAUGUUGAAGCUUUGGAUACGUACGCUCAUGCUCAUACUCUACCAGAUGGGACUUUUGCCAGCCCGUUGGAAGAGGAGAAUUUUAACCUAUUAAAAGAAGAAUUUGAAAGACAAAGGACCCAAAAUAACCCAUUCUUGGAAGAUGAGGGUGAACUCGGUGAAAGUAGUGCGCCUGCCAUUAGUAAUGUUCAAGUUUUUGAAAAGGUGCUUGGUGCUCGGCGCGGAAUUUAUAGGGGACUUGGGCGUAAACCUUCUUUAUCUUCAGCCUCGAGUGACGUGAGUCCUCAUGAGAAGGAGAAGACACGUCCGCAAUUUUCAGAGGAAUAUUUUGACGAAUUGUUUGAAGACCCGAGAUUUAUGGAACGACUGUACCAAGCUAUGGAUAAGAAGAGAUCAAGAAAAGACAACGAAAAUGACACGGACGAGGAGGGAGAAUGAUGUAUUUUGUAUUGAACUUAGGGGUUUCAAAACUUUAACUUAAUCAAACAAAAUACUUUUGUUGUAGUUUUAUGUUUAAAACUUGGUUUGUUUGAAGAAUUGUUUGAAUUAUUGUUUGCGUAUGGAAAAUUAAAAGAAACAGCAGGUUACGGUUA